AUGAAGCUCCUCGUACUAACUUUUAUACUGCUAACAGCAGUAUUUAUUCAUUCAAUAAACAGCCAACAAUAUGUUGUUGGAUGUUACUUUACUAAUUGGGCUCAACAUCGACACGGCCUUGGAAAAUUUCUUCCAUCACACAUUGAUCCGUCUCUUUGUACACAUCUCUAUUAUGCAUUCGCUAAUGUUGAUCUAGCCAAUCGAAGUCCAAGUCCAUUUGAAGUCAACGAUGUUAAACCAUCUCCAUCAACGGCUCCCGUUAUUGUCAAUGAUGUCGCAAAACCUGCUGUUAAUGGCCGUCUUAACGGUCAAUUGAAACCACCUAUCAAGCAACCACCACCAAUGAGCAUGUAUGAACAAUUCAAUGCCUUAAAAAAUAAAAAUCCUCAAAUGAAAACAUUACUAUCAUUGGGUGGUGCCAGUGUUAACUCUACACAAUUUCGAAAUGCUUUUGAACCAGAAAAAACUCGUCGUGAAUUCAUCCGAAAUACAAUCAAAUAUUUACGAACCUAUAAAUUUGAUGGCCUAGAUUUAGAUUGGGAAUUCCCAGAAACCGAAGCUGAUCGUCGUAUAUUUUCUACACUUGUUCAUGAUUAUCGGUUAGAAUUUCAAAACGAAGCUUUUCUAACUGAUCGUCCACGUCUUUUAUUAACAGCAGCUGUAGCUGCUUAUCGUCCAAAAAUUGAAGCUGGCUAUGACGUACGAGAUGUCUGUCAAUAUCUUGAUUAUAUCAAUUUAAUGGCUUAUGAUUAUCAUGGUAGCUGGAAUACUCAUAUAGGUUUCAAUAGUCCUCUAUAUCCACGUUCAAGUGAAAAAGGUGAUAAACGUUUGCUUAAUCAACAAGCAACUGUUGAUACAUGGAUUGAAAGUGGUUGCCCGGGAUCGAAAUUAGUUCUUGGUCUUGGUACGUAUGGUCGAACAUUUGAAUUAAAACAAAAGAAAAAUGCUGAUACAAAACCCUAUGGAGCAUCGAAAGGAGCUGGUCAAGCGGGUAAUUUUACAGCUAGUAAAGGAUUUCUAUCCUAUUAUGAAAUAUGUGAUUUAAUAAAAAAACAAAAAUGGCAUACAGAAUAUGAUAAAGAACAACAAGUACCCUAUGCAUAUAAAGAAGGUCAAUGGGUUAGUUAUGAUAAUCAAGAAUCGAUUGAGAAAAAAUGUCAUUAUGUUGCGUCAAAACGUUUAGCUGGUGCUAUGAUAUGGUCACUUGAUUUCGAUGAUUUUAAUGGUGCUUUUUGUGCGCAAGGAAAAUAUCCAUUAUUAACAAGAGUUAAAAGAACACUUGACAGUCUUCAAGGACCAACAACACCGAUACGAAUUCACAAAACCACACAAGCAACAACAGCAAAUUGUGGUUAUUCAUACAAUUAUUCGUUUUUUCUUUUAUCGAUCAAUUAUAUUUUUCCGAUAUUUAUUUAUCAUUUUAUUUGA